AGUAGUUUAGAUUCAGUAAGGUUCAAGCCGCAUCGUAGUACGGUUCUCCAAUAAAAAGUUAUAACAACUCACCUAUUUGCUAUCUUACUUACUCGAGCUUUAAAUUUACUGUUAACUAUAUUGCGAAUCGCGAGCUUUCUGACUUUUUUGGACUUCCUUUAGCUAUUUUUUUUUUUAUUCAUAUUUAUAGAGGCAAGACUUUUUUUAAUGAACUGGAAUUAAAAAAAUGCCGUAAUGCUUUUGAGGAGUACUUCAUCCCGGCGCAGAAGGGCGUCGAGGAGCGUCGCUAGUUCGCCCCAAUCCGGGAGCGUGCCUGCGGCAACCCCCGUCCCGAGGGCCCGAAGGGCCUCUGUAGCAACCGACAAGGCGAUAUCAUUGACACUGAACACCUCUAGUAGCAGUACUAACGAGAUGGAUAGACAACGUUCGCCUCGAGGCAGUGUUGUACCAAACAUCGCGUUUGAAGCUGAAGAUAGUCAUGAUGAGCCAAUUGGUCGGAGAAUUCUACCAGAUCCCGAGCUUUGUGGAUCACGAGGCCUACUACCGGAUCCUAACAGAAGUUCCCGCAAUUCUCUAGUCCCCGAUGAUUACAUGAGAACACCUCGUGGAUCAUUAAUUCCUGAUUCCGCAAGGAGUCCUAGAAAUAGUUUGGUACCUGAUGGCUCGAGGAGUCCAAGGCAUUCGUUAGUUCCCGAUGGAUCUCACAGUCCGCGAAAUAUAUAUGGAGGUGGUGGAGGAUUGGGAACUGAGCCUACAUAUAAUCGAAGUCCUAGAGGCAGUUUAGUACCGGGUUCAGCGGCAGCGUUAUCUGCGACCCGCAAUAGUUUAAUGCCAGAUAAUGGCAGCAUACGUAGCUCAAGGCAUUCAUUGUUACCGGAUAACACAAAUCGUAGUCCACGUGGAAGUGUUGCCAAUAUUGAAUUUGACAGAAAUCCACGAGGUUCAAUAUGCCCAGAUAUAUCAAGAUCCUCGCGAGGUAAUACUGUUACACCAAUGGAACAAGAGAGAAGUCCUCGUGGUUCAAUAUGUCCUGAAAUGAUGAGUGCAUUAAGAUCCCCGAGGGGUAGCAUUGCGCCUAAUAUUGAUCAAGAACGAAGUCCGCGUGGAUCUAUUAGUUCGGAAUAUCACAAUCCAAGCCCGAGGGGCUCCAUUAUGCCAGAAGUCAACAAAUCACCCCGUGGUUCCAUUGCACCUGAUCCCAAUCGCUCACCUAGAGGCUCUAUUUGUCCUGAUGUGGGAAGAAGUCCCCGAGGUUCAAUCGUACCACAUGAAUCGACAAAUAGAUCUCCAAGGGGAUCUAUUGCUGUCGCUGAUUUGGAUCGCACCCAUCGUGGAUCUAUUGGUGGUGGCGGUGUUCCUGACCAAGAUAAUUCCUCUCGUAGUCCGCGAGGCAGCAUUGGCCCUGAAAUCGACCACAGCCCUCGAGGUAGUCUCGGUGGUUAUGAAAAACGAAGCCACCGGAAUAAUAAUCUUGGUAUUUCAGAACCACGGAGAGCUUCUGCUGAUCAAGGCACGUCAGCAAAUCGCAGUGGGUCACCUUAUCGUUAUCGUGAUGGUAACACCAGCAGCGUAAGAUCUGGUCCAGGUCAUGGAACGCAAACGAAUUUAGGAUAUGGAACAAACGCUUGGGCUGAAUCUAGACGAGCAAGCAGUUCAGUAUCACAGUUUUCAGGUGACGAGUCACGAAGACUUUGUAUGAGAACAGUUAAUUCAACAGAGAAAGGAACAACCGUUUCAAGUGGCUUAGGAGUUGCGACGUACGGAUCUCUAGUAUUUCAACUAAAAGACGCCCACAGGGAAGCUAGUGGCAUCUGUGACUUUGUGUUCCGGGCAAUGGGAGUUGUCAGUAAAACUAUGUUUGUCACUAUCUGCCUCGCAUGUCUUUCAACUGUACCCAUUAUUAUGCUCAUCAUGGGAUUACAAUUCAUCAAAGACUGUCCAAAGGAGCCUCAUAUACCAGUUUACAUGAUAGUGGGUGGCACAUUGGGUGGAGUGAGAAUGUUCUGGGCCUUGUACUCGCAAAUUCGAUCACGGCGCCUUGAAAUCCUGAGUGUACCGAACGCAAGCCCACACAUAUCCCCCAUGCAAUUGGUGUCUAUAGCUUUGACGUGCUUCCUAACCGUCUGGUUCGUAUUAGGUAAUUAUUGGAUUCUGAAGAUCAGAUGGCCGGACUUCGAAGCUAAAAUGUUCGACCCGGAUCACUGGUGCGCCAAGACUCUUUACAUCUUUGCGGUGGUCCAUCUUGGCGUCAUCUACGCAGUCAUAGCCAUGAGCAUUGUCACGGCACUAGGUCUUGCUGUUUGUAGAGUUCUAGCUUGUCCUUGGUUCGAAAGAUAUAAAUAACCACGGCAGUCGGUUCGCUUGAGGGAAUGUAUUGGCGAAAGAACAGCUGCUACGACAACUAGCAAGAGUAGUGGUUCAACGAGACGACAAAAAAUAACCUCUUUAGAUGGUAGAACUAUUCAGGAAGUAAAUGAGGAUGAUGAAGAAGAAGUUUUAAGUAAGAAAUCUGAAAUGGGAAAUGAUGUUGUAGUUGUAGUUGAUAGUGGCAACGAUAAAGUCAAAGAAGUAGUUCAGGAGGUUAAAUUUUCUAGUAGGGUGCAAUUUCGUGCGCCUGAUAUCAUUGAAUUGUAAUAAAUAAAAAUAACAAAAGUAAUUAUAGAAUAAUUAAUUAAUUCAAUAAAUUUAACUUAAUUAUUAAAAGUUUUUUUUUAAAUGUAAUUAAUAAUAUUUAUUUGUAAUAUAAGUAGGUGAUAUAAA